CACUUCCUCCAAGGGAGCCUGGUGGAGGAGUCCCGGAACCCACGUGCGCAGCUGUUGUUUUCUGCGGACUGGAGUCUCUGCCGGACUCGGCUGCUCCCGAGGCUCAGCAUGGUAGGCAAGGUGAGGCGGCCCCGCGCCCGGCUGCACGUGGCCGCGGUGAAGACCACACGACCAGCCCCGAACGGCGACGAGGCGGCAGCGGCAGCGGCAGCGGCAGCGACCUCUCUCCCCGCGGAGGUGACAGCGUGGAGCGGGGCCGGGGGACAGGCCUGGGCGCCGCCGACCUCGGACGUCUUCUCCGGGACCUCGAUCGACCCGAAGGUGCUGGUGCAGAGGCUGGAGCCGGACAUGAGAAGCGUCUCCGCAGGUGCUGAAGCGAGCCCCGUCCUGUCCAAGAAAGAGAGGCUGAAGCAGAGACGCGCCCGAUGGCUGCAGAAAAUAGACGCCAUCAAGGCGGCAGAAGAGAGCCGGAAGGCGGAGGCGAGACGGAAGGCCACGGUCGUCGUGGGAGACAUGCGCCCGCUCGCGGAGGCCUUGCCCGAGCUCGCGGAGCUGGUGACGGCCGGCCGGCCCCGGAAGGAGCUCCCGAGGGCCCCGAGGCAGAAGGCCCGGCCCACCAACUUCAGCCGCAUGACCACGGCCCAGAAGCGCCAACUGCUGGAGGACGAGAUGACGCGCUUCCGGGAGGUCCUCGCCAGCCCGUCCUAUCAGGCCGACCCUCUGAGAGCCAUCAGCGAGCAUCUGUCCAGGAGGCUGCGGCCGGAGGAGGCCGGGAGGUUCUAGGCUGCCCCCCCCAGGGCUGUUGUGAGGACCCACAAUAAAGGCCCCCCCCCGGGCUCCGGAGA